AUGACAGAGUGGUUUGGUUCUGAGCCCGCUCGUGGGUCAUUUAAGAUGCUACAGAGCAAAACUCCCAAAGGCACCGCGAUGUAUGCUCUCUGCUGGGCUGACCGCAAAGCGAAGUGCCUCAUCUCAAACCGCGGAACGGCGCUUCCUGGCAACGAUAGCUAUGACCGACGUAUCCAGCGCCCGCAAAUGGUGGAGCUCUUUUUCUCGAAGUUCUCGGGGAUAUAUGUUCAUGAUCAUCUUCGACAGGGUAGCCUCGAGAUCGAACGAACUUGGCACGCAAUGCAGUGGCAACAUCUCGAAUCGGGGUUCUUAGAAUCGGCUAUUGUCGACUUCAACACAUUCAUCUCUCAGUUGGCCUAUCAACUGGUAUUCAACGACUUUGUGAUGCACCGCUCGACGAGGCGUCUUAGCGGGACAAUCUUGCGUACGCAGCGCAAAUGCAGUAUUUGCGGGCGGAAGGCCUCAUUUUACUGCUCCGGGUGCUCUGAUCCACUGGAAAACAAUUUCUUUGAGGUUUGCGGCCUGAAGACAGGUCGGGACUGCCACUCACUCCAUUUAAACACUACAUUGGUCUAA